AUCGUGCCCGCGCCGCGCGUGUCCGCCAGACGGAGACCUGUGGUGUCCACACUUUGCGCAUCAGCAGGUGCACCCACCCCACCCAAACCCGGAGCGAACCGAAAGGUUCCCGGUGAGUGAGCUCGUGUGUUUCCGUCACCACUCGUAACCCCGGUUUGGUGUGGAAUGCAGACGCCAGAGGAACAGAGAGGGCUCGAGCAUUCCGUGGAGGCGCGCGAGUGGAACGGGGAGGAAAAAAACGGUUCACUUAACAAUUAACGAGGAGGAAGUUACCGAGUGACUGUCAAAGGGACUCCGUUACCGGUCCAUAUUUCAAGGAGAUUUAAACGUUAACUGGUUCAGUCGAUUCCAUAGGUUGCACACGGGAUGAAGAGAGGUCCGGGGUUUCUCCGGUGUGCACCGUAUGAACGCAGACACUGCAGACAACCUUAAGGAGAGAAAGACUGAUGUGAUAAGGAUCCCUCCUCAACCCAUAUGACCCCUACAUCCAAACCCCUACUUCCUGAACUCCUAUACCCUAAACCCCUAAACCCCUACACCCUCACCCCUAUAUCCUUAACCCCUAAACCCCUACACCCUCACCCCUACAUCCUGAACUCCUAUACCCUAAACCCCUAAACCCCUACACCCUCACCCCUACAUCCUGAACUCCUAUACCCUAAACCCCUAAACUCCUACACCCUAAACCCGUAUACCCUAAACCCCUACAUCCUGUACCCUUAUACCCUAAACCCCUUACACCCUAAACCCGUAUACCCUAAACCCCUACAUUCUAAACCCCAACAUCAUGAACCCCUAAAUCCUAUAUACCUUAAACCUUAAACCCCUACACCCUAAACCCCUAUACCCUGCACCCUAUACCCUAAACCCAUUUACCCUAAACCCCUAUACCCUAAACCCAUUUACCCUAAACCCCAAUACCCUAAACCCCUAUACCCUAUACCCUAAACAUUAUACUCUAUACCCUAUUCCCUAACCCCAAUACCCUAAACCCUAUUCCCUAACCCCUAUACCCUAAACCCUAUUCCCUAACCCCUAUACUCUAUACACUAUUCCCUAUUCCCUAACCACGAUACCCUAAACCCUAUUCCCUAACCCCUAUACUCUAUUCCAUAUUCCCUAACCCCUAUACCCUAAACAUUAUACCCUAUACCCUAUACCCUAAACCCCUAUACCCUAUACCCUAAACAUUAUACUCUAUACCCUAUACCCUAAACCCUAUUCCCUAACCAUUAUUCCCUAACCCCUAUACUCUAUUCCCUAUUCUCUAACCACGAUACCCUAAACCCUAUUCCAUAACCCCUAUACUCUAUUCCAUAUUCCCUAACCCCUAUACCCUAAACCCUAUUCCAUAACCCCUAUACUCUAUUCCAUAUUCCAUAACCACGAUACCCUAAACCCUAUUCCAUAACCCCUAUACUCUAUUCCAUAUUCCCUAACCCCUAUACCCUAAACCCUAUUCCAUAACCCCUAUACUCUAUUCCAUAUUCCAUAACCACGAUACCCUAAACCCUAUUCCCUAACCAUUAUUCCCUAACCCCUAUACUCUAUACCCUAUUCCCUAACCAUUAUUCCCUAACCCCUAUACUCUAUACCCUAUUCCAUAACCCCUAUACCCUAUACCCUAACCUCUAUACUCUAUUCCCUAGCCCCUAAACUCUAUUCCUCAACCCCAAUACCCUAAACCAUAUACCCUAACCCCUAACCCCUAUUCCCACACCCUACCCCUGUCCUAUCUCCUCAUCCAGUACCCCAGCCUCUCUACCAGGGAGACACCAGUCUACAGCGUCAAGUUCUCCAGUGGGGGUGCUAGCAGGUCCAGUCGUCAUCAUGUUCUAUGGGUCGUCCUCUACCUCGGGGGCCUCCAUGUCGCUGCCCUCCAAGAGCCGUCUCAAACGCCAGAGCAGAACUUUCACGCAGGUUCUGUACCGGACUCUGAGUUACCGGGAUCGUCCCCCGGCCGACCACACCUCCCGAGACCGCCGCUCCAUCACCGAACCCCCCGACGACCGUCCCCGUGACGACCCCGCGGAACUCUCCACCCAGAGCUCCGCCCCCGGCGUCCUGAAGAUCUUCGGAGAUGAGAUCUGCGAGGGCGCCAACUACAAGUCGGUCCUCGCCACGCCCCGGUCCAGCGCACAGGAACUGGUGAAAGAGGCGCUGGAACGCUAUUCGCUGAACAAAGCCGCCGCCCACUCCUACGUCCUCUGCGACGUGAUAGGUCAGCUGGAGGGGGGAGGAGGUCAGGAGGGAGGAGAGGGGGAAGGAAGGGGGUGGAGGACGGAGUGUCUGCGGGCGAUGGGAGACAACGAGAAACCGCUGUUGUUACAGGAACUAUGGAAGCCCAGAGAGGGACAUGCCAGGAGGUUUGAGCUGCGGAGGAGAGCGGAGGUAGAGGAGCUGAACGCUAAGGAGAAGGAUACGGUCACUGCAGAUAUCAACGCCCAGGCUAGGAAGCUACAGAGGAACAGAACUAAAGGAACUCUGACACUACCUCGACCUGGGACCACCUUCUGCCGCUCCCUCAGUGAGACCAGUCUCAACCAGUUGGGGGGUGCAGACGAGCCGAGGCGUUACUACUCCACCCUGCCGGGACCUCUGAGGACGAGGGGGGGUCCAGGGGGGGCCACGACCAGGAGGAAGGAGGGAGAAGGGGGAGGAGUGGGGGGAGGAGGGGUGAGACAUUCCCUCUACCAAUCCCCUCACCUGUUGCUGCUGCAGGGAUACAACAGACAGGACUGCCUGGUGUACCUGUUGAACAGAGAGCAGCACACUGUGGGUCAGGAGACCCCGUCAGCCCGACCAAACAUCUGCCUGUCCUCUCCUGACAUCCUGCCACUCCACUGUCGCCUCCACCGGGUCCCUGCCCCCCGUCGCCAUGGCAGCACCCCCAACAACAACAACAACCCCUCAGCAGCCGCCGCCGCCGCCGUCACCGGGGACGACCGCUCCUGCGUUGCCGUGGAGCCCAUCCCCCACGCGACGGUCCUGGUCAACUUCUCCCGGUGCGAGCAAUCCACCCAGCUUCGCCACGGCGACCUUCUGUCGUUCGGAGCCCACUACAUCUUCCUGUAUAAGGACCCAACGGGUGCCAAACCCCUCCCCGCCCAGACGCUGGCACGCCUCCGAACCCUGGGGCAGCUGUACGAGGCUGGGGGAGGGGGGGUGGAGACGGAGGGUGGGACGGAGGAGGGGGGGACCUGUAAGACAUGUGGCUCGUUGUUAAAGGACAGGGGGGCGUUGUCCUCCCAAACCGGCCCCCCCGCCAGGCGCAGUUUCAAACCACACCUGGUGAAACCCCAAGGCGGGGUGGCGGGGGGGACAGGCGUCGUAACGACCAUCUUGGCGGGACAGAACCAGAAGAGACGCCUACAGCUCGACUUUGAACAGGCCCACGAGGACGCCCUGGUGAGCAGGAUCAUGUCUCUGAUCGAGCCGGGCGGAGACGACCACAAGUUAGCCCCUGCCUACCUGCUGUGUCUCUGCAUACAGCACUCUGCUUCCGCCUUCCCACCAGGCUGCUUCGGCAAAUUGCUGCUGAAGAUCGUACGAUGCAUACAGACCGUCUCCUGGGAGAAGACAAAGGAAUUGGCACAGAAGCAAGCUCAGCAUCAGGACCCGGCCUCCCUGUCUCUCCUGUCCAUCAGUGAUCUGAUCCCAGACCUGCAGGUCGUAUUCUUCUGGAUGUCCAACAGUAUAGAGAUCCUCUACUUCAUCCAACAGAAGGCCCCAGCAUACACACAGGGCAUAGAGACACUCGACUCUAAAGGUUCCAAGGAGUCGUUGCUAUCGGCGACCAUCUCAGCCAAUGAGGAGGCUAUGACCAUCCUGGAGGAAGUGAUCAUGUACACCUUCCAGCAAUGUGUCUACUACAUCACCAAGUCCCUGUACGUAGUACUUCCUGGUCUGCUGGACUGUAACCCGUUCCCAGUGGACAGCUCUGAACCCUGCUGGAGAGGAGGUACAGGGUUUCCUGAGCCCGUUCGCAGGGUCCUGCAGGUGUUCCAGUGCAGUCAGGAGCUCCUCCAGGGGUACCAGGUCCACCCAGAGGUCCAGGCCCAGAUGUUCUCCUACCUCUUCUUCUUCUCCAACGUAUCUCUCUUCAACCAGCUCAUGGACAAGGGUCCGUCGCGGGGCUGGUUCCAGCGCUCUAAGGUUCUCCAGGUACAGGCCUGUGUCAGGAUGGUUCUAGAGUGGACUAGGAAGGCGGGGCUUAGUUACCUGGCAGACAAGUUCUUCAACAAGUUCAACAGCGCUGUCAGCAUCCUGGCCACACCUCCUCAGCAGCUAACACAGAUGAGUUGGAAGGUGCUGUGUGCGGACCACCCCAGUCUGAAGCCGGUUCAGCUGCAUGGCCUAUUGACUCAGUACCAGUUGACAGCUGAGAUGGGGCCUGUUCCAAUCUGGCAGCCCAGCAGUGAGGAUGAGGCAUACAUAUACAGGACAGUGGACCUUUUGGAGAGUUUCGAGAACCACCCUCCCAUCGUCCUCCCCAGCGGGGGGUUCAGAGUGGACCUGGACAGUGACUGUCUAGAGGACAGCAUCUAUAGGCAGCUGCUCUAUGUCAAACACUUCCUCUGGGGGCUACGCACACACACUCACACACACCCCACUGUCAACACCACACACACUCACACACACCCCACUGUCAACACCACACACACUCACACACACCCCACUGUCAACACCACACACACUCACACACAUCCCACUGUCAACACCACACACACUCACACACACCCCGCUGUCAACAACACACACACUCACACACAUCCCACUGUCAACACCACACACACUCACACACAUCCCACUGUCAACAACACACACACUCACAAUCACACCGCGGUUAACGGGACUGGAACGAGCACGAGCACCGGGACUAGUACCACACCCGCAGACUGGCAGGAAGCACAGAGGGAGUUCCCUCCGUCCCACGACAGUCCCCGGUCAGGAGGGGGGCAGGAGUGGGUGAGAGACAGAACCCCAGGCCAAUGUCACAACAGUGUGAGGAGAAAUGGCACCGCCCCUCACCUCCGGCCGACCAACCAGGACCCUUCGUGCCUCCUGACUUCGCCCAACACGCCCCGGAACCCCGAGGGGGGUGGGGCUGACCUGGUUGGACACGCCCCCCAGGUCAACGGCUGCAGUAAUAGCAGACCUUCAACGGACGGGAGGAAAAGCAACGGACUAGAGGGUAGUUUAUGUGAGUUCCCGUUCCCUGUGCCUUCCGAGGCCCUGCUCCCUGAUGAUGAGUGUUGUCUGGUGUUUGUAGUGGAGCUGAACAAGGGACCCUACGGACUGGGCAUGGGACUCAUAGAUGGACUGCACACGCCUCUGAAUGCUCCAGGGAUCUAUAUCAGAACUCUGAUACCAGACGGUCCGGCGGAGUCUGACGGGAGGCUGAGGAUUGGAGACCGGAUACUAGCGGUUAACGGGACCAGCUUGAUAGGAGCAGACUACCAGAGUGCUGUGGAUCUGAUUCGUCUAGGCGGAGGACGUCUGCGUUUCCUGGUGGCCAAGUCAGACCUGGAGGUUUCAGAGAAGAUCAGCGCUUCGUCCUGCUGACUGGCGGGAACGGCGGGAAUCUCCAUGGGAACCGCUGCCCCCACAGCUCCACCAGGAGAGACGAGGAAGAGAGGAGAUGGGUUCCAGGAAGAUGGACAGAUCCUGGAACGAGGAGAUGGAUUCCAGGAAGAUGGACAGAUCCUGGAACGAGGAGAUGGAUUCCAGGAAGAUGGACAGAUCCUGGAACGACGAGAUACUCUCGUGGGAGAGAUACGGAGCAUUCCUUCAGUCCCUAGUAUCACAUGCACAGACACACACACAUCGGCCUCAUCCUCAGAACUCAGACGGUGAUGGUUGGAGAAAAAAAAAACUGAAAAUCCACAAAUGAAUCGAUCAAAAGCACCAAAACACUCUGGGAAGACUCAGGAAUUGAUCAGGAGUUUCGCGACACGAGGAGUCAACAGACACCUUAAAAACCAGACAGACAUUCUAACGUUCUUUACUGCGCUGUUACCACGGUAACACACGCCCUGCCUGGAUUGGCGGAGGUACCGAGUCACCCCCCCCCCCACCCACCCCCCUGACUCCCAUUUUCUCUGAGUAUGACUGCCAAGGCAUUCCGACCAAUCACCUGCGAAUAGUCAGUGAUUUGAAGCUAAGUCUAACCAAUCAGUCUCGAGCGUUAACCCUUUCCAGCCGGGGUUCUUUUAAAGCACAGUGGAGUUAGUUUGGGGUCCGAUGCUCCUCCCCUCCUCCCUUGAAGUCAACAAUACAAUGCUUUCAAUCAAACAUGUUGUGGGGAAUAGACUCAGAAGCAGGUUCGUGUGUGUGUGAACACGUCUUUAUUCAUAUUAUAACCAAGAGAUUGUAGCUUUCUGAUCUGUUCUUGAACCUGGGGCCACCGUUAAACAAUCUGCUGACCGAACCAUUGAGAUUCAAUGGGGAAAUGUCCCAAAAUGAUGAUGUUGGCCUCUCAUUGACUGUAUAUACAUGGUAUGUACUAACUGGUUAUAUGUACAUAUCAAUGUGCCCUUCCACACUCUGUGUGGAGGACUGUUGGAGUGACAUGCUCUAUUGAAGAAUGUUGUGGUGUUCUAUUGAAGAAUGUUGUGACGUUCUAUUGAAGAAUGUUGUGGCGUUCUAUUGAA